AUUUCAGGCACCGUAACCGCAAUCCUGUGAGUCAGUCAGGCAUUGGUACUUUUACUUAACUAGCUAUUUUUGUUCUAUCCCUGUCCCACUUUUACUGCCCCUCCUCUCUUGCCGCUAUAAGGCUUUGUGCGUGUGUGCGUGUGCACUUAGGGAAACACUUUUUCUCCAGCUAAAAACGCAUACUGAUGCAACGGGUUACUACUGGCGUAGGGUAUCUCGUGAAUCAGUUUGGGACCGCUGCUACCAUCAAUAGUAAUAAGUCUAUCUGGCUGGGGAGUCGUUGUUAUCGUCGUUCUAGUUCACUAUUAGAUCUAGUGACUUUGGGUUCUAGUACUGGUACUAGUCGGGUGCUGCAUCGCCAGCGUGCUUCAUAUUCUUCUUAUUGUUCUGUAUUAGGCAAAAGAGGCUUUUCUACUACGCUUCGUUAUAGUCAGGGAUACCUGGCUGAGGGCUCGAUCAAAAUGGGUGACUCUGAGCCUGUGACUACUGCUACUGCUACUGCUACCACUAGUAAACCUAUCAGAUAUGUUGAUAUUGGAAUCAACCUGAGUGAUCCCGUUUUCUCGGGUAGCUACCAUGGCAAACAGGUUCACGACAAUGACCUGGACGACAUUGUACAACGUGCAAAGGACAUCGGGUGCCAGAAAUUCAUGGUGACUGGCUCUGACUUGAAGGAGUCUCGGCGGGCAAUUCAACUUGCACAUGACUACCCUGGAUUUUGCUAUGCAACUGUUGGUGUCCACCCUUGUCAGGCGAAGAUGUUCGAUGAAUACCCCGGUGGUCCUUCCAAAAUGCUAGACGAGCUCAGGACGCUCGCAUUGCAGUCGAAGGAGAAUGGACAGGCUGUCGCGUUCGGUGAAAUCGGCCUAGAUUAUGAUCGCUUGUUCCUGAGUGCGAAAGAACCUCAGCUGAAGUACUUUGAAGCCCAGUUGGAUCUUGCUGUGGAAAUUCAACUUCCUCUUUUCCUUCAUUCUCGUGCUGCUAGUGAGGAUUUCGAGAGACUGUUGGGGCCGCGACUUGCCAAGCUUCCGAAGAGAGGACUUGUGCAUAGUUUUACAGGGACCCUGGAAGAGAUGGAGCGGAUGGUUGCUCUUGGACUUGACAUCGGCGUGAACGGCUGCAGUCUGAAGACAGAGGAGAACCUCGAAGUGGUGAAGGCCAUCCCGCUGGAGAGACUUCAGAUCGAGACAGACGGCCCUUGGUGCGAAAUUCGUCCUUCCCAUGCCUCGUCGAAAUACCUCAAGGGUGCGCCGGAAUUGCCAAAGGCCGUCAAGAAGGAGAAGUGGCAGAAGGGUCUCAUGGUCAAGGGUCGCAAUGAGCCUGCCGCGAUAGCCCAUGUCGCCUACGUCAUCGCCCAGAUCAAGGGAGUGACCGUUGAAGAGGUCUGCGAAGCUGCUUGGAAUAACUCGAUCAAAAUGUUUGGACUUGGGGAAGAUGCAUAAUGAUCCUACAUCUAGAAAUUGUCUUUUGGUGCUCCGUUACAAAGCUUUCACUAACCUCGCAUAGCCCCUCCAUGACUUCCGGCUACCCGCUGAAGAAUAUUCACUGUCUAGGAUUAUUAUAGAUAGAUAUAAUGAUGGAAAAUUAUCC